AUGAAGACCUUUGCUGUGUGUCUGCUGUUGGUCGGCUGUAUUGGAUCAUGUGUCGCUUUAGACUGCUACUCUUGUUUCGGUUGUGGGGAUCCGUUUGACCCGGCCGGCGUGACGAGAACGACAUGUCCUAGCGGUAAUGUCUGCCAAGCUCAAGAGAUAAGUUCCGGUGUCACUGCUGGGCUGUUUAACAGAGGUUGCACCGAGGCUGACUUUUGCACACCCGGCUGCAUUAAUGCCCCUGGGCAGGGUAACAUAUGCAGUUACUGCUGCGACGAGGAUCUGUGUAACAGCAAAUCUAUUGCGGACGCAGUUGAAGACAUCAUCCACUGCUACCUGUGUGCAUACAGCUCGGAUCCCUCUGCUAGCAACUUCAGUUCCCCAGCGUGUAACAAUCCGUUCGACCCGAACGGUGCUGGUGUAUUGCAACUACCAUGCGCCGAUGGCGAGUGCGGGGUCAUGACGACCAACUAUUUGGGGGUCACUACCGUCACCAGGUUGUGCAUAUCCAAUAGCACUAGCCCCGGGGGAUGUACCCCUGGGUGUGACGCCCUGAAUAUCACCUGUAAAACCUGCUGCUCUGACAACCUGUGCAACGGGGGACUUGGUGACGGAGAAGCGCCUUUAACGAUGAAGCCGAGCGCAGCGCCCUCAACGUCGGAGCCCAGCGCAGCGCCCCCAACGACCGGCGUUGGAAAGGCCUCCGUCGCUGCCAUUUUGCUGACUUCUUUAGAGGAUAAGUGGAUAUCUGUUAGUUUCUGCCGGUAG